UUUGUCAAAAAUUGAGGUUGCUUAUUUUGCGUUAUUAAUAUUUUGUAUUUUGUUGUUUUCUGUUUUCUGUUUUAUUUUCAACAGUUUCAAUAAUUGAAUUGCCUUAAUAUAACAGUAUUCUAAAACAGUAAAAGUAUUCUUUGCUAAUUCCGCAGUUCAUUUACAAAACUGUAUGUUGAAAUUUCUUUAAUUUUAGCGGGAAAUUCAUAAAUAAUAACACUAAAUUGUUGAAUACAGGCGAAAUUAAAAUUCAUAAAUAAUAACACUAAAUUGUUGAAUACAGGCGGAAUUAAAAAUGCCCUUCAAAAAAGGAAAAAAUGUUAAACAAACAAAAAUUACUGAUACAAUGGGAAUUGAGACCAAAGAAGCACAGGCUAGUCCUAAACUAAAGCAGGAUAUAAAUUUGCAAGAAAACGUUACCGAUAAAAAGAUAUUAGAAGAAAAGAUCCUGGGACUAAAGAGUAUUAUAUCAAAUUUUGAUGCUAACAACAAAGAAACAAAUGAAAAAGUGCGCAACCUUCCAGUCAGUUUUGAAACGUUUAAAAGGUUAACUUUUCACAAUGAUGUUAUUGCUAACAUUUGCCAAAGCAUAAAGGAGUUGGAGUAUGAGUUGCCAAUUUCAAAUAUAUCAAAAGAAGAAUUAUUUGAUAAUAAUAAAUUACUUCGGAGUUACUACAAAACAUUUUACAUGCAAACGGUUAUUCGGACAAUAUUUCUAUUGAAAAUAAAACCAUGUCCAGGACGUUUUAAGGACAAACUUUUGAAAUAUCCAGAAAUUACGUCAGAUCAUGAAGGUAAAUAAAAAUAUUUUAACCCUAUUGCAACUAAUUCUCGAUUUAGAGUUUCGUUCCAAACGCGUCCUGAUUGCUUGAGACCAUAUAUUGAACGUAGAAGUUUACAUACCUUGCCUGAGCUAUCGUUAAAACCCUUCGGCUGUUUCAUGUAUAUUUCUUCAUCGAGAAUUCCAUUCAAAUAUGCUGUAACAGCAUCCAUUUGGUGUAUAAUCAAAUCAUUUUUGGCGGCGAGCGCUAAUAGAAACCUUAUUGAUUCAUAUCUUACCACCGGAGCAAAUGUUUCUGUGUACUCAAUGCCUUCUAUUUGUCCGAAACC